ACAGGGAAUUUUUGCUGACAAGGAAACAAGCUUUUGCACCGUAGUCCAACUUUCAAUCUUCAUGGUUCUGAAGCACUCCUCUCUUCAUUGUUCAGUCUCCCUUUGAAGAUUAAAGCAGAAGCCUGAAGACAGGACAUCUCUUGAGUUGGAUCUUUGUGCUGGCUUUGUUUGCUGCUUUGGAGAGGUGGUUUCUGUAGUUCACACUUGCAAAUGACCUCUUAAGUUGUUGGACAUGCUGUAGGGGUAUUUGGAUCCACGUUCAAAUCCGAGAUGAUGUGCUAACUGUGCAAACAUCAGGAGUGGAAAUCCUUUAGGAUGAGAAUCUUAAACAAGCCCAGCAGUCUGAAGAUAAUGGCUAUGGUGAGAUCCUCACUGCAGAAAGUGAUGCUUUUUCUACAACACAUCCAAAGAAUGGCUGUCACGUCACCCCGUUAUCAGAAAUUGUGCAAGGACAUUCAGACAGAUGUUGAUACCCAGACUGAUCUUUCUAAAAGGGCUCUGGGGGGUCAGAUCCCGGAUACCAUGGCACAAGAGCUUGAUAAGUUUGGAGAUCUGGACCACAUUCAGAUAGCCUCGAGAAGAGAGUGUUUCGAGGCCAGUGUGGAGAAAUGGACAGGACUCAUAGCCAUCCUUGAAGAGCUUUGGUUCUGGGUAAAGCUGAAAGAUGAGGAGCUGACAAGGCAGAGGCCGGUGGGAGAAGAUGUACAUACUUUACUGCAGAAACAAGGCUACUGCACGGCCUUGCACAGUGAGUUGACUGGAUGGAGACAGGAUAUGAAUCAGACAUGUCUGCCUCCGGCUGUUCAUCCUACAACAAUAGAAGUCCAGAGCAAUAUAGAGAUGGCUUCAGCGUUGAGCGUCCAGGAGGAGAAGAUUCGUCAGCUGGCUCAAGUGGUUCAGGAGCAGGCCAUCGAGGUCCAGCAGCACUGGGAGCGGUUCAGUGCCCAGGCCACCAGCUGGACGCACGAGCUUGACUGGGCUCUGGGGAAACUCCAGGACCUCCAGCAAGCCAUGAACCAACUGGACCUCGGCCUGGCUGAGAUAGAGAACGAGAGCUGGCACUCUGAGGAACACAGCAUGGACAACUGUGUGCUGGAGAACGUGGAAAAUAUUGGGAUUGUGGGUAAUCAGCACCAGCAGUUGCAAUGCUCCCAAACAGAUAAGAGACAUUUCUCCCAUGACUUCUUGUCUGUUUCCGUUCAGUUCCCUUGGCAAAGAGCUGUUUUUCAUAACGGCGUCCCUUAUUAUAUCAAUCAUGAGCAGCAGACCACCUCGUGGGAUCAUCCAGAGAUGACACAGCUAUUUCAGUCAAUGGCCGAUCUGAGCCAUGUGCGUUUCUCUGCUUACCGCACGGCGAUGAAGAGCCGCCGGCUACAGAAAGCCCUCUGCUUGGACCUUUUGGAGCUCAGCAUCGCCCAGAGUGUGUUUGAUCAACACAAACUCGUGCAUAAUGCACAGCUCCUGGAGAUUCCAGGCAUCAUAAACUGUCUCUGCACAAUCUACUGUGAGCUUCAGCAGAUGCAUCCGGAUCUGGUUAAUGUGCCUCUGUGUGUGGAUCUGUGUCUCAACUGGUUGCUUAAAGUCUAUGACAGUGACAGAAGUGGAAAAGUUCAAGCGUUGUCCAUGAAGAUCGGCUUGUUUUCUCUUUCAAAAGGACCUCUAAAGGAUAAGUACAAAUAUCUGUUCGCUGAGGUGGCCGGCGCUGCAGGCGUCUGUAACCAGAGACAGCUGGCGUUACUGCUACACAACAGCAUCCAGAUCCCACACCAGCUCGGGGAGGCCGCAGCCUUCGGAGGGGGUAACAUGGAGCCCAGUGUCCGGAGCUGCUUUCAGUAUGUGGGCCGUGAUGAUGUCAUUGAGGUACAGCAGUUUGUGGACUGGAUGCAUUUGGAGCCGCAGUCGAUGGUCUGGUUGCCCGUCCUUCAUAGAGUCGCCGCUGCAGAGACCGCCAAACAUCAGGCCAAAUGCAACAUCUGUAAGGAGUGUCCCAUGGUGGGCUUCAGGUAUCGAAGUCUGAAACACUUCAACUACAACGUGUGCCAGACAUGUUUUUUCUCGGGAAGGAUUUCCAAGGACUAUCAUCUCAGCUAUCCAAUGGUGGAGUACUGCACACCUACCACCUCAGGAGAAGAUGUGCGUGACUUCACCAAGGUGCUGAAAAACAAGUUCCGCUCAAAGAAGUACUUCACCAAACACCCUCGGCUCGGCUACCUGCCCGUGCAGACCAUCCUGGAGGAAGAGCAUUUAGAGAACCCCGUUGCAUUUGUAAGCAUGUUUCCAGAGGAGUAUGAGUCGACACAGAACAACAGAGAAUCCAGUGCCAUCUUACCUGUAGCAGAAUCUCACCUGUCAACAGGAAAAAUGAGUGCAGACGACAUCCACACUCAGACUGAUGAGAGAGCAGCUCCAUGUGCACAUCAGAGCUCAUCUGACACUGAGAUGAUGAUGAUGAGGAUGAUGUUGAAUGAGCCGGAACCUUCUCAGAGUCUGGAGACGGACAGAUCUGAGGAUGUUUUUUGCAACAUCACGUGAGACUCUUCAAUCAGAUGAGAGACUGGUGGCCUGCGAUCUGAAGUUUGAGUUCUUAGCAUAAGAUUUCAUCUUACAUCCCCCAUGUAAGAGCAUCUCACACCCCACAUCGAGAUGACUGAUGCAGUUUUAGUGUGACAGGACUUUCAUCAUCGCUGUCUUCUGCUCCUCAAACUGAUAAGAGCUGGAGUCGACCGCAGUGCAGAUGUGUUUGUUUAUCUGAGCUGUUCGCUAGAGGAUGACCGUACAGACAGAUCGCUCGCUGUUCACACCCCACGAGACUUCCUCCCAGAGAGACUGCUGUCAUGCUUUAAUGCCACUGAUAAAACUGUACAUAUUACACACAAUGCAAAGUCUGCUUUAAAGGAAAAGUUACUCCCUAAAAAAAUUAAAAUUUGCUGAAAAUGUUCAAAGGCCAUCCAGGUGAGUUGUUUUCACCAUAGGAACAGGUUUGGAUAAAUGUAGCAUUCCAUCACUUGCUCACUAAUGGAUGCUCUGCAGUGAAUGGGUGCCGUCAGAAUGAGAGUCUUAACAGCUGAUAAAAACAUUACAAUAUUCCACAAGCAAUCCACACCUCUCCAGUACAUCAAUAUAUGGCCUUGUGAAGUGGAAAAGCUGUGUGUUUCUAAGAAACAAAUUCCUCGAGGAGUUUUAAUUUUAAACCACUUCAAACUCAUCCACAUAUGCACUGCACUGGUGUCCAUCUAUAGGGCAAAAGCAACAAUUUGAAAAGGAAUUACACAAGUGGAGUGUUUCUUUUCAAAUUCCACUGAGAUUGGACAUGUAGUAGAUGUUUCCUCCAUCUUUAUUCCUAAAUAUGUUUCAUAUAUUUGUUUCCUGUCUGCAUCUUAUAAGAUGUAAUAAUACGUAUGACACUAUAUUGUGUUUUGGUGUCUUAACAAGUCCUUACAAUUAUAUUCUUAACUCAUAUUGUUGCUAUUGUGAAAAAGCUUCUUUGUCACUAUUAAACUUCUUUGGAUUUGACUCGAAAAGCUGCAUUGUAAUAAAUAUAUAUUUUCUGUCUCAGAUGUUCCUGCUGUAUUUUCAGACAAAUGUUGAUAAUGAAUUUUAAAAGUCUUA